AUGCUGUACCGUCAUCUCCUGCCUCUGGCUUUCUGCCUCGCGGCCCCCGCGGCCGCGGACACCGCCAAAGCAACCAGGUGUGUCAUGGUGCCCUCCAAGGGCGACGUGUCGGACUCGCCAGCCAUCGCCGAGGCGUUCGAGAAGUGCGCCAGCAACGCCGAGAUCGUCUUCCCUGCCGGCGCCGAGUUCAAAGUCUACGAGCCUCUCGUCGCCAAGCUGAACAACGUGGUCAUCAACGUCCAGGGAAACCUCAGUCUCUCGCAAGACAUCCCGGCUGUUCAGAAGCUGGUCGAGGCCAAGGGUGGUUCGCUCACGUGGUUCCAGAUCGGAGGCACCAACGUGCAAUGGAUCGGCUCGUCUGAUCCUCAUUCCGGAUGGAUCAAGUCUCACGGACAGGCGUGGUGGGAUCUCAACAAGCCCGGUGAGGCGGGCACUCCCAACCGCCCUCAUCUCAUGCAGUUCAACGUCAACGGUGGUGUCAUGAAGAACAUGAAGUCGCUCAAGCCCAUUGGCUGGAACUUCUCCAUCAAGGGCAAGAACAUCACCAUCUCCGACACCGUCAUCGACGCACGGUCUUCGAGCAGCAACUUCCCCUUCAACACUGACGGCUUCGAUGUUGGCGCCACGGAUGUGACCAUCACCAACAGCAACAUCUUCAACGGUGACGAUGCGAUUGCUAUCAACGACGGCGCCCACAACGUCCUGUUCAAGAACGCGACAAUCGGCUUCGAGACUCACGGCAUGAGUGUUGGCUCUCUCGGAUCGAAGCCUGCCUCACCUGCUGAUGUGCAGAACAUCCGUUUUGAGGAUGUCACUGUCAAGGGUGGCCUCUAUGCCGCUCGCUUCAAGAGCUGGAUUGGCGGACAGGGAUUGGCAAAGAACAUCACCUGGAGCAAUAUCCGGGUCGACAACGUGACUUUCCCCAUUUUCGUCACCCAGACCUACUUCAAUCAAGCCAGCGCUGGCGGCGAGAGACCCAACAACUCAUCCGUGAUGAUGGAGGACUUUACCUGGGAGCACUUCUCCGGCAACAUCAACACCUUCAACCCGGGUGAUGGAUCCUGCACCUCAAACCCCUGCUGGUACAACGUUGGCCUGACCAGUCUUUCCCACACGGAAGCUGUCAUUGUGGAGUGCAACACCGAGAAGUCGUGCAAGAACUUCCAGACCAGGGACAUCAAGCUUCAGCCCCAGGACAAGAGCGCGGCGAAGAUUAUUUGCAUGAAAGCGAUGCCGGAUCUCAACCCGAACUUGGGUUUCGAGUGCACUAACGGCACAUUUUCUGCAACCAACUAG